AUGAAUCUGAUCAUGAAACUUCGUAGGAGUUUCCGAACACUCGUCAUUCUCUUAGCCACCUUCUGCUUAGUGAGCAUAGUCAUUUCCGCUUAUUACUUGUAUACCGGUCACAAGCAAGAAAUUGCCCUCACUGAUACCACAGGAGAAAUGGAGUGUGAAGAUCUUAAACUUUUGCCCUACAGAACACUAGAACUUAAAACAGUGAAGCCAAUCGAUCCCACUAGGACUGAUGCUACGGUGUUGCUUUUUGUUGAAAGCCAGUACUCUCAACUUGGCCAAGACAUCAUUGCCAUCCUGGAGUCUAGUCGGUUUCAGUAUCAUAUGGUGAUUGCAUCUGGGAAAGGGGAUAUCCCACCCCUGGCUGACAAUGGCAAAGGGAAAUACAUCCUUGUAGUAUAUGAAAAUAUUUUGAAAUACACAUCCAUGGAUUCAUGGAACAGAGAACUCCUGGAAAAAUACUGUGUGGAAUACAGUGUUAGCAUAAUUGGUUUUCAUAAAGCCAAUGAGAAUAGCUUGUCAAGUACUCAGCUCAAAGGAUUCCCGUUACAUCUUUACAACAAUAUAGCUCUGCAGGAUUGCUUAGUAAACCCACAGUCCCCUCUAUUGCAUAUAACCAAAGCCCCAAGGGUUAAAAAAGGUCCAUUACCUGGUGAUGACUGGACAGUUUUCCAAUAUAACCACUCAACUUAUCAACCAGUGCUUUUAACGGAAUUUCAAGCCUCCAAAUCAUUCCCAGCAUCACUUCCAAAGCUUAAUCUUUAUGCUACAGUGAUACAGGACCUGGGACUUCAUGAUGGAAUUCAACGAGUCCUUUUUGGAAACAACUUGAACUUUUGGCUGCACAAACUUAUUUUUAUAGAUGCCAUCUCCUUCUUGACAGGAAAAAGGCUUACAUUAUCCUUGGACAGAUACAUUCUUGUUGACAUCGAUGACAUCUUUGUUGGAAAAGAAGGAACAAGGAUGAAUGUAAAAGAUGUGAAGGCUUUACUGGAAACUCAAGUACUACUACGCACUCAGGUUGCAAAUUUUACCUUCAACCUUGGAUUUUCAGGAAAGUUUUAUCAUACAGGAACCAUCGAAGAAGAUGAAGGAGAUGACUUGUUGUUGGGGUCUGUAGAUGAAUUCUGGUGGUUUCCUCACAUGUGGAGCCACAUGCAACCUCAUCUGUUCCAUAAUGAGUCAUCCCUAGUGGAGCAGAUGAUUCUGAACAAGGAAUUUGCACUAGAACAUGGUAUUCCAACUGAUAUCGGCUAUGCUGUGGCUCCACAUCAUUCUGGUGUCUACCCAGUUCACAUUCAGCUUUACGAAGCUUGGAAGAAGGUCUGGGGUAUUAAAGUGACCAGCACCGAAGAAUAUCCUCAUCUGAAACCUGCACGGUACAGACAGGGCUUCAUCCACAAUGGCAUCAUGGUACUCCCUCGGCAGACAUGUGGACUUUUCACCCAUACAAUUUUUUACAAAGAAUAUCCUGGUGGCCCUCAAGAACUAGACAAAAGUAUCCAAGGAGGUGAACUGUUUCUUACCAUCCUUCUUAAUCCUAUCAGUAUCUUCAUGACCCACUUGUCUAACUACGGGAAUGACCGACUGGGGUUAUACACAUUUGUCAAUCUGGCCAGUUUUGUUCAAAGCUGGACCAACCUGAAGCUGCAGACACUACGUCCAAUUCAGUUGGCUCACAAAUAUUUUGAGCUCUUUCCAGAACAGAAGGACCCACUCUGGCAGAAUCCAUGUGAUGACAGACGCCAUCGUGAUAUCUGGUCUAGAGACAAAACUUGCGGCCACCUACCAAAAUUUCUUGUGAUUGGACCCCAGAAAACAGGAACAACAGCACUCUAUUUAUUUCUCCUUAUGCAUCCCUCCAUAAUUAGUAAUCUUCCUAACCCAAAAACCUUUGAGGAAGUUCAGUUCUUUAAUGGAAACAACUAUCAUAAGGGAAUUGAUUGGUAUAUGAAUUUUUUCCCUACCCCUUUAAAUAUCACUGCUGAUAUUUUGUUUGAGAAAAGUGCCAGCUAUUUCCAUUCUGAAGAUGCUCCUAAACGUGCAGCGUCCUUGAUACCCAAAGCAAAAAUCAUCACCAUCCUCAUUGAUCCAUCCGACAGAGCCUAUUCAUGGUAUCAGCAUCAGCGUUCUCAUGAGGACUCUACUGCUCUCAAGUUCAAUUUCUAUGAAGUAAUUGCUUCAAAUGAUGGGGCACCAUCUGAACUAAAGGGCUUACAGAAGAAAUGUUUGAUUCCUGGCUGGUAUGCUGUCCACAUAGAAAGAUGGCUAAAAUAUUUCCCCUCUUCCCAGUUGUUAAUUAUUGAUGGACAGCAAUUAAGAAGUGAUCCAGCAGCCACCAUGGAUGGAGUUCAGAAGUUUCUGAGCGUUGCUCCUCAUUAUAAUUAUUCCGAUGCAUUAACGUUUGAUCCUCAGAAAGGAUUUUGGUGCCAGCUGCUGGACGGAGGAAAAAUAAAAUGUUUGGGGAAAAAUAAAGGGCGAAAAUACCCUCCCAUGGAUCAAGAGUCUAGGGCAUUCCUUUCAAAUUACUACAGAGAUCACAACGUGGAACUGUCCAAAUUGUUACACAGACUGGGACAACCUUUGCCAUCCUGGCUAAGACAAGAGCUCCAGAAACUGAGAUAG